UUUUCUUAAGAUCUUAAAAAGAAAAAGAAAACAAAUCCAGGGUUGCCAGUCACUGAUUGAUAGAAGAGAAAACAAUAUUCAGAAGAUUGCUUAUGAUUGACAAGAGCAGCUGCGGCCGCUACCCAGCUUGAACAUAUCGCACACUUCAUUUGGACUCUAAUGAUGGAUAAAAAGUGUACACUAUGUUUUCUGUUCCUCUUGCUUCUUAAUAUGGCUCUCAUCGCAGCAGAGUCGGAAGAAGGCGCGAACCAAACAGACUUGGGAGUCACUAGGAACAAGAUCAUGACGGCUCAGUAUGAAUGUUACCAAAAGAUCAUGCAGGAUCCCAUUCAACAAGGAGAAGGCCUUUACUGCAACAGAACCUGGGACGGAUGGCUAUGCUGGAAUGACGUUGCAGCAGGAACCGAAUCAAUGCAGUACUGCCCUGAUUACUUUCAAGAUUUUGAUCCUUCAGAGAAGGUUACAAAGAUCUGUGACCAAGAUGGAAACUGGUUCAGACAUCCAGAUAGUAACAGGACAUGGACAAACUACACCUUGUGUAACAACAGCACGCACGAGAAAGUGAAGACAGCACUGAAUUUGUUCUACCUAACUAUAAUUGGACACGGAUUAUCUAUUGCCUCUCUGAUCAUCUCGCUCAUCAUAUUUUUUUAUUUCAAGAGCCUAAGUUGCCAACGGAUUACAUUGCAUAAAAACCUGUUCUUUUCAUUUGUUUGUAAUUCAAUUGUGACAAUCAUUCACCUCACGGCAGUGGCCAAUAACCAGGCCUUAGUGGCCACAAAUCCUGUGAGCUGCAAGGUGUCUCAGUUCAUCCAUCUUUACCUGAUGGGCUGUAACUACUUUUGGAUGCUCUGUGAAGGCAUUUACCUGCACACACUCAUUGUGGUGGCUGUGUUUGCAGAGAAGCAGCACUUGAUGUGGUAUUAUUUUCUUGGCUGGGGGUUUCCUCUGCUUCCUGCCUGCAUCCAUGCCAUCGCCAGAAGCUUGUAUUACAACGACAACUGCUGGAUCAGCUCAGACACUCAUCUCCUCUACAUCAUCCACGGUCCCAUUUGUGCUGCUUUACUGGUAAAUCUCUUUUUCCUAUUAAAUAUUGUACGUGUUCUCAUCACCAAGUUGAAAGUUACACACCAAGCAGAAUCCAAUCUCUACAUGAAAGCUGUAAGAGCCACUCUCAUCUUGGUACCACUACUCGGCAUUGAAUUCGUGCUUUUCCCAUGGCGGCCUGAAGGAAAGGUUGCUGAGGAAGUGUAUGACUACGUCAUGCACAUUCUCAUGCACUAUCAGGGUCUUUUGGUGUCUACAAUUUUCUGCUUCUUUAACGGAGAGGUUCAAGCAAUCCUGAGAAGAAAUUGGAACCAGUAUAAAAUCCAAUUUGGCAAUGGCUUUUCCCACUCUGAUGCUCUCCGAAGCGCAUCCUACACAGUGUCAACAAUCAGCGAUGUGCAGGGGUACAGCCACGACUGCCCCACUGAACACUUAAAUGGAAAAAGCAUCCAGGAUAUUGAAAAUGUUGCCUUAAAACCAGAAAACAUGUAUGAUCUAGUGAUGUGAAAAUACAGAAAUCUCACCUGUUUUGUGUCACUUGAACCUAUGACUUUAUAGCCGGAAGAUUUAAUAGCAAAUGGGUUUCUUGAAUACCAUGAAGAAAGCCCUCAAAUGAAAUGAGAAUUGUGUGGAUCAAUGUUUAACAACCCUCUGUCUAUGGGGGAGAAAAGCCUCAAUUUUUAUUGUUGGCCAGUAAAUACUCCUACCAUAGCUGAUUUCAAGUUACCAACCUGACAUCACCGAAUGUGGAAUUGGAAAGAAAAUAAGCACAAUCAACUCUCGGGAGCUGACACGCGUCGUCAAACGUGCACAACACCGCAUGCUCUCACAGAUGGACCUGUGCACACUCAUACCCGCACUGACCAGAACUCUGCUCCUCUGUCUGAGGAGACCUUGCUCAGUCUUACAGACAUGGAAGGAAAGUUUGGUUUUUGUUAUAAAACUCCUCAUCCUUUGUCAUUUGAUGGUAGUGAACGGUUUGUCCAGAAACACUUUAACCCUCUUUAUAACUUCUCCUGUAGACCAGACAGAGUUUGCUAUCUCUGUAACCUCGUGUUCCUUUCUUUAAGAAAAGCAACUGAGCAGAAUUCCCACCGGCUUCUCAGUUGCUGCUACAUAUGGUUGUAUCCUGUGGCGUAUCCAUUCUGAAUCACUAGGGAGACACAUUGGUAGAAGCUACAAACACUUUGUCAGCUACUUUUUUCCCUCUAAAUCUUGCUGCAGGAGUAGGAGGAAAUCAGUCUUCCUGAAUCUGUAAAUAGAAACUUUGGUCUUUCUACUGUGUAGAUAAGUGAUCAACCAUUUUAUAUGAAGGGAAUCAAUGAAGGAUUUAUUUUUAUCUUGGGAAUCUGAGAGAGAGAGAGAGAGAGAGAGAGAGAGAGAGAGAGAGAGAGAGAGAGAGAGAGAUUGUUGUACAAAUGAAACUAUAAGUACUCUGUCAUUUUAUUUUAUUGUUUCAAUUCAAAACACAACCUAGGUAACUGUUUUAAAGCAGAUGGAUAAUGCAACUUUAUAUGCAACUAGGUAUCUGAUACUGUGUCUGGGCUGAUUUAUUUUAUAGAAAAAUGGAGUACUGAAUUCUAUAUUUGGUAAAUAUUUUAAGGACAAACAGAUACCAGCAUCAGAAGUUUGAGAACUCAAAACAAACCCCCAGAAAUAUCAAUGAUAAGAUGUGAAAUAUUUAUUUUAAAAUGCAAAGUCAUACUUUUACAAGCAUGUUAUCUUUGGAGUGCUGACAUGUUGCCUCUUCCAAUUGGAUGAUGACUCACUCAAAAUCAGACAUUAUGAACAACUACUGUAAGAAGUGCUAAUCUGCUACAAUUGUGUAUUUUAACUCACUAAACUAUAGUUUUACUGACUUUUACUAAAGGAAGAUAUAUGGCUUUGAAAAGGGCCCAGGUUAUUUCUCUUAUGAACCACAGAGGAAUUGUCUCUAUAUAAUAUACACUGUUUCAGUAUUUCAGUAGACUACUGUGGGUGAUAAUGCAACCAUGGGAAGACUCGAACUUACCACUGAGGAUGAAAUGUCAGAUAUUUAGGUAAUAAUUAAAUUAAAGUAGAAGAAAGUUUUGCUUGUAAGUUAAAGUGACAUUUUAAAUGGAUUUAGUUUUCCUAAUAUUGCUUUGUCUGGACUUUCUGAAGAACAAGAUUGACUUCAGUUAGUAAAGUCUGUUUGGGGACAGUCACAUGAAUCCAUGUUUUUUGAAGUGUGUCCAUCAGCCUACAGUGCAUGAAAGGCAUGACUCAGUCCUCCCUCAUUGUGUCUUAAGCUACAAUAGAUAGUAAAUUCAGAAGUUGUUCGAAACUCUCAAGGAAAAUAAUUCAAAUUUUCAAGCACUUAUGUAUUAGAUGAUCUGGCAGACAUUUGUAAUUUAUCUAUACAGACAAAGGUGUCACUAAGUUACUUUCAGCAUUGAAAAGGAACUCAUGCUUUUCUGAACUUUCAACUGCCUAAACUGUGCAAACCUUCCUUUUAAUACGUUCAAACUUUAGCUAGCUAUUAUUCAAAGGCAUAUCUUCAUAUCUUCUCUGACAGUGUUCAUGUAAAUUCUGCAUUCUUCCAAACUGUCAGGUCUGAACAGCAAAUGAUAGUACAGAAUGCCGAAUUACCAGAGGACAUAUUCAAAAGUUAUUGUAAUUUUAAAUUUUAUUAUUCUUUUACCGUAUUGAGCAGAGCUGAGAUUUCUCUACUGCCAAUAUCUUCUGUGGUGUCAACCAUGCCAUAGAGGUCUGAGAUUAGUCAGUAUUAGUUUUGUAAUAAUUUUUUGAAGCUAAAUCUCUCUAAAGCUGAAGUGCCAAUUAAAAUAUUUCUACUUUGCUUGUAGGAAAAAAAAACCUGAAAUUUUUGAAAGAAAACUUCUCUGGUGCCUAAAAACUAACGUGGGGAAUUUUUAGCAUUUAAAAAUUGGAUCUGUCAUUUUUAGAAGUGACUUAUGUAUGUUUUUGUUAAUAAGUCGUCCAUCCUGGAGUUUAGUGUUUGUUCAAAUAUAACAAACUAUGUAGAGUUUACUAGUACUCACAGUGUUACACUUACUGUUUAGAUAUUUUAAUGUGAAUCUAUUUUAAUUUUCUUUGUGUUUUAAUUUGCUCAUAGAAACAUUAUCUGUAAAACAUAUUCAAGAUGUUCUGGUCACUUAAAAGAACUCAUGUUGUAUCGACUUAAAAUCUUUAUUUAGGUUUUAUGAGAAUAUUAAAGUUGUAAGUUAACAUUCACUUUCACUCAUCUUCCCUGGAGUACAGAGUGAUUGAAUUUCUCACAAAAUUCUUGCAGCAAUUAAAGAAAUACUUUGCAAAAUAAAUGGCGAUGUCUUUAUUCUUCUCUUUAAAGACUUUAAUAAACUAGUAAGUGAAUUUAAUAAAUGAAUUAAAAAAGA